CAGGCUUCAGUCGCCGAUCAGUCACGGACCAGUCAGUCGGCCGCACGGUCACUCCUAACAGUGCUCCCGUCCCGGACUGAAGACUUGCUAAAACAGUGCAUCAAUUGGUGAGACGCGAUGAAGGGUCGGCUACUACUGCUGGCGCUGCUGGUUGCGGUCAUCUGCACCGCGGAUGCUGAGAAACAUCGUCGUCGUCACAAACGACUGCGUAAAGUGACCACGACCACGGAGAGGACGGACGACGCGCUGGACGCUGUGGUAGACCCCGAGGACCCGGAGGCAGAGCACAUCGAGCUCGGCAAGAGCGAGAGUCUCGAUGAAAAGAAAUUCCAGGAAUCUGAAAGGGCGCGUGUACUCGAGCUGCUGAACGAAAUCGCACGCCACAGCGACCCUGACUCGGAAAAAUACCUCGAUGAUCCGUGCCUGAAGGUGCACUGCAGCGCGGGCCGCGUGUGCGAGAUAGACGAGCAUGGGCAGGCCGUCUGCAGCUGCAUCAAGGAGUGCCCCGACGAGACUGACCAGCGCAGGAAGGUGUGCACCAACUACAACGAGACGUGGUCGUCGGACUGCGAGGUGUACCGCGAGCGGUGUCUGUGCCUCGACAACUCGGAGCUGUGCCGCGGGCCCCAGUACCACCACGUGCAGAUCGAGUACUACGGCACCUGCAGACUCAUGCCGGAAUGCGGCGAAAACGAGAUGUCAGACUUCCCGCGGCGCAUGCGCGACUGGCUCUUCAACAUAAUGCGCGACAUGGCCGAGCGCAGCGAGCUCAACGACCACUACCUGCAGAUGGAGCGAGAAGCGGAGUCUAACCUCACGCGCCGCUGGACCAAUGCCGCCAUCUGGAAGUGGUGCGACCUGGACGCCCACGACAACGACAGAUACGUGUCUCGCCACGAGCUGUUCCCAAUCCGGGCGCCGCUGAUGGCCCUGGAGCACUGCAUCGCGCCGUUCCUGGAGCUCUGCGACGCUGACGAUGACCACCGCAUCACGCUCGCUGAGUGGGGCAAGUGCCUCGAGCUGGACGAGUCGGAGCUAGAGGAUCGAUGUGACGAGUUCGUCGACGAUGGAAAGGUGUAAAGCUGCACUCCGCCCGGGCCGACGUUCGACCCGGGUCGGGCCAGAUCGGUCCAGCUCGGUCCGGCUCGGCUCAGAUCGGCCCGGCUCGGUCCAGCUCGGCAUGGUCCGGUUACUACUCACACUGCCGUUACUUUGUAAUUCACUUAUUAAUUAAAUAUCCAGUUUUAGUGUUAGAUCAAUAUAAAUGUAUUAUUCUCACCUCUUCUCCUCUCAUCUCCCACUUAUAGGCCAGUGUAACCGCACGGUUGGAAUGGCCGUUAGUGGAGUUCACUCUCAAAAUCAUGGCAUAAAAUCCUAAUUUCAUUUUUCUGUUUUCGGAUCUUAGAAUAAAGUUAUUUUAUUGUACCACAUAAGUGCCUAACACCUGAGCUAAACUAGAAGUAGGAUUAAUUAAAAAAAAAACACGAUUAAAAUGUUUUUAAUAUUUUUUUUACUUGCAACACUAUAUGAACGGUGUAAGUACUUAAGUUGCUUAGAGCUGCAAAUGGUAGAAUCUUGUACCAUUAUAAGAGAUGUGAAUAUUAAAGACGAGAGUUACAGGCGUUAUAUGAUAAUGUUGCCAUUAAAAAAAUUAUGUACAUGAAUAUGUGUAUUAUGUAUAACAUAAUCUAUAUAUUACCAGUUUAUUACAUCUGUUUUAAUUUACAAUAAUAGCUACAGAGACAAAGAGAUAAUAACUAUAAAGCUAUAUGAGCCGCGGUUUAGUUUUAAAAUGCAUUUUUUCUUUGACUUAUUACUUAA